AAGAAGGAAUAAAAUCAAUAAACAAAGAAAUUUCUAAAGCAAGAGAUUUCUCUAUGAAACUUCGAAACUCUCCGUCGCUAAUUCGAGAAUUAAAAAAAAUUUUUGAGUUGAAAAAUAUUCCAUUUUUAAUACCCGAAACUGAUAUGAAUACAAGAUGGAAUAGUAUGUACAUAAUGUUAGAAAAACUUCAACAAAUCCACCCCAUAACCGAUAUCUUUGUAGCGAGCAACCAAACUUUAAAACCAAAUUAUCCUAACGAGCAGGAAUGGAAAAUUAUUUUUGACCUGCUAAUUCUUCUUGAGCCCAUGUACCAUGCGACUAUAAUGCUGUCUUCGUCCACACUUCCUACCCAAGGUGACUUGCGUAUGAUAUUCCACAGCCUUAUUAUACACUUAAAUAAUAAUGAAAGUCCAGAAAUUAAUUCACAACAUGCCGUAGCUAGUGCAAUGAAAGUAAAAUUUACGUCGUAUUGGGCUCACCUAAAUGAAUCUUCAACAAUUUCAGGCCUUCUUGAUCCCUGCAAUAAACUUUCGACCUUCGACAUUUAUGAACAUGAAGAAGCUAUCAAUAAACUUCAUGAAAUACAUAAAAAGUAUAAACCAACUGAAGAAAAUAAACCACUUCCACCUCCCACUACUGCUAAAUCAACACGC